AUGCCGUACCACAUCCUAGUGAGCAGUAUCUGGGUGCGAGCCCUGGAGAGGAGACCAGACCUGGCCGAACACUACUACAUGUUGGUGAAGGACAAACUGCAGAAAGUCAAGGAUGAACUCAACAGAAAUAUUGUGUCGUGUAACAAGACCCUGUACGAGAUCCUACAGAAGUCAGGCCGCCACGUGUCUGUGAAGGAGGCUCUGGCAGACAGCAGGGCAACCAAGAAGAAGAAAGUUGCCAUCAACAGUCUGAAGCUGUCUGAUGAACAGCGAGACGUGCAGGAACAUGCUGUCAGGCUGGUACAGACAGCUGACCCUGACUUCAGGUCAUCCUGGGUUGACAUCAUACAGACUCAACAACUAGAGGGCCCAGGCUGGCAUGGCAGAUGUAUUGAUGUCCCCUAUUGGAUGUUAGAUCUAGAGACGGUGCACAACUUUGGCAGACUAUGUGCCCAGGGUACAACCAAGUGUAUGUGCCGUGAGGUGCGACUGUGCCAUGCCCUGUUAGAACUCAGGAGGCCUCACAUCAAGAGAAGUGGUGGAAGGUCCAACGACCCCAUGCUGCUCUUCGUACUCAACAGACUGGCUUUGCAGGAGUGUCACCGUGCCCCUCCGUUCUGUACUGCCUCCCACCAGCAGGGCAGACCUGUGAAUACUGUAGCCACUCACCAGGACUGUGUGGACAGGGAGGAGCAGCUGCAGGCCAGGGUUAUAGAGUUAGAGAAACAAGUGAAGCAGGUGGCAGAGAGGAACAAGACAGAGCUGAACAAACUCACCACCAAACUGUCCCUGGCAGAGAAGGAGAACGAGGAGAUCAGCUACCACGAUGCUUACAGGAUGUUUGAAGAAAAGUUUAGGUCAGAAGUCAGGAAACUCAAGGCACAGUUUGAGAUGUGCCCUGAUCACACAGUAUGUGGAGAGACAGCAGACAGAUCUCCGGGACAGGAACACAAAACAGAAGUGUCAGACCAUCAUAGAUAUGUGCACAGACAUGAAGGAGGAGCUACAUCUUGCAAGAGAAGGUCCUACCUGAUCCAGCCCAGUGGACACUAUAACAGCUGUGAGACAUGCCUGUUACAGUUAGCAGGCUGUCCUGUGUGUAAGAUACCCAUAGAGAGCAAGAUCAAGGUCUUUGAAUAG